UUUCGUUAAUUCAAAAAAUUAUCAUUUAACAAUGAAAUUAUCACUUUAUUUACAAAUUAAGCUUCUAGCUACUCAAUUCUGCCUAUACGAAGACUGCUGCUCUAGAAAACAAAUACGCUGGUAGUAAAGCCUUAAAUUAGUUUAUUUUCAUAACUCAGAAGCUCAGAAGAAAUAACAAUGAGAAGAAAUAGGCUAUCAAGAUAUAUGAUCAAAUGGCUGGUCCAAGUAAAAGCUUAAAUUUCCAAAAUUCCGAAGAAGAUGAUGAUGGAAGAUUUGGAAAUUUGGAAUAUCAUGAAGAUGAAUAUGGUUAUGUUCAGCCUUAUGGUGCGAAAGCUUCUCAAGCUCUAAUUUCACAGCUGCCGAGCAGACAUUUAGAUGUCCUUCUUGAUGAAGAAGAAGUUGAAAAAGAGGAUAAAACAAAAAGUAGCUUGCGAAGGAAAGAUUCUCAUUACAGAACACUUCAGCUUAAAAAUGCUACUCUUAAUUCACGUCAUAAAGGAAUUAGUGCAAACAAAAUUUAUGAGAUCCUCAACUCAAAUCCAGACUCAAAUGAAGAAGAAAAGAUGAAGACCCUUCGUGAGAUGCACCAGAGCCUGACCAUCAAGCGACAGGUGAAAGAAAAGUUUGAUGCGGACAGGGAGAGGAAGAUUGCCUCCCACUCUCUUGGAAGCUGUUUAAGGUGUAAACUGAGUGUUGGGAUGACUUUGCACAAAGUUUGGUUUGAACUAAAAAACCUUUUUUACUUGUUGGAGCCGUGGCAUUCUUCUAUUAAAGCCAUUCAAGGACAGUUCGGCUCAUGCGUUACAUCUUAUUUCAUAUUCUUGAGGUGGCUACUCUACCUUAAUCUGUGCAACUUUUUUAUCACCUUCUGCUUUGUGAUUGUUCCAGAAAUCAUCCACAAGAAUUUUAAAAAUUCCACCUCCUCCUUCCUGGUUAAAGAUGCUGGAUCCUUUCAAUGGCAUGACCUACUCACUGGAACGGGAUGGUUGAUGAACUCUCUUCUGUAUUUUGGUUCGUAUUCUAGUGAUGUUAUUCAACCAAUAGAAGGAUUUCCGUAUAACAUGCCUCUCGCUUAUUUAUGUGCAGUUGGUUCCAAUAUGCUGAUCAUCCUGAUUGUAGUUAGUGUUAGCAUUACAGCCUCCUACCAGAAAAACUAUGUUGACACAGCUGGAGAGAUCAAGAAUGUGUUCUGCAACAAAAUAUUCUCUGCGUGGGAUUAUGCUAUUGAGACAGAGAAUGCUGCAAUCUUACAGAAGCGCACCUUCUGCAACGACCUCAGGGAGCUUUUGUAUAUGAAACGCUUGUCAGAAAAAACUAUCACCCUUUCUCAGAAUGUUCUGCAGAAAGUGUCAUUUGUUUGUGUAUCCCUCUUCUCGUUAGCAGUUAUAGGAGGUGUCGGAUACCUCACUUACUUUUUGCUUGAAAGAAAAGCUCUCAAGGUUGAUAUACCAAUACUUCAGCACAUGACUUUUGCUAUUACAGUCAUUCUCAUCUCCAGUAUCUUCUAUUAUUUGUUGAAAUUUGCUACAACAUUUGAAGCUUAUGUGUCCAAUAAGACGAGGCUAUAUUUCACAAUGAUAAGAGUUGUCAUGCUAAGAGCUGUUGUGUUAGGAAUAGUCACAUAUUUCUGGAUGAUUGUUUACAAACCUCCUCGACAUCAAGAAGUUUGUUAUGAAACGGAACUGGGCAGUGAACUCUACCGUCUUAUUCUGGUGAAUUUUGUGAUUGCUAUCCUUAUUUUCACUUUUAUGGGAGAGUUUGUCCGAAAACUCGUACAUUCACACAUCACUCAGCGAAUCGCUCUGAAAGAAUUUGACGUAGCAUACAACACACUCGAUCUCAUUUAUUUCCAGACUCUAGCCUGGCUGGCCAUGUUUUACGUUCCUUUCAUCUCCCUCGUCAUCGUCAUCGUUUUAGUUCUUAUGUUCUACAUCAAAAUGGUGUCCAUGUCUUCUAACUGCCAUCCUCCAAAAAGAUCCUGGUCCAUCAAUGAGAUGCAGACAUUCUAUCUAGUCUUGACUUUUGUCAUGUUCCUCUUUACUGUAGUCACUGUUGGAUACACCAUAUUUGGAUUGGAAACGUCGGAUUGUGGCCCCUUCAAGAAUUUUGAUACUGUGGGAGAAGCCUUACGGAGUACGAUCUUAGGGGGCAAAGUGGGUAACGUUGUUGCAGACAUUGUGAAAUAUAUCACCGCUCCAAGUGUUCUGGUUGCUGUCUUUUGUGCCUUGUGUCUUGCAGUUCAUUACAUGAGAGCUCAGGCAAAUGCUCAUAUUUCAGUCAUCAAAAAAAUAAGAGAAACUCUUAUAUUGGCCAGUAAGGAUAAAGUAUUUCUUUUAAAACUCUUUGAUGAAGCUUUCAAUGCCCACUAUCAAAACAGAACCAAGAACGCUCAUAAAGUUGUCAAAACUCAUAAUGAAUCUAAUGGAUCUGCUCGUGGAAUGCCUACUGAUAACAACAUUGUUGUCAAUGAAGCCUACAGUGAUUACUCUGAUCAAUCCCUAGAAUCACCCAUUCAUAGAAAAUACCAUCCCAAUUACAUACCUGCUGACGUUCCCAUCAACAGGCUUCCCCACAGCAGUCCUCUGCAGAAUUCCCCCAACGAGGCACAUCGAGGUUCUCCUUUUCCUCCCCAUCAACCUGGUUUUAGGCAUGUAUUACAAGGUCAAAAUCACAUGUAAAAGAGAAAGUACAAACACAGAAUGAGCUUAUAGUAAUUUUCAUGUGUUUUUCUUUCACCUUUUUAUAUUUAUAUUCUUUUCUUUUAAUAUAUUUUUUUUAAUGUCUCUAAUUUAUUAUAUUAAAUCCUGUUCAAUUCUCUAGAAAAUAACCAUAUUUUAUUUUAAACUUAAAUGGAAACUUUCAUUGGACUGAAUGAUCUUUUUGAAUGAAAUACAGAAAGAGACCUAAAAUUUUUUGGAAUAGAAUUUUCAUGCAACAAUCAAAGCUGUUUGAAUCAUGAAUAUUUUUUUUCUGAAGUGAUUAUGUUGGAGUUUUUUAAAAAUAACAAACAUUUCCUUGUAGUUAACAUUGUAAAGUUUAAAAAAAAAUUGAUGUUUUUUUUAUUGUUAUUAAAAAUAAAUGUAAUAGAAAAAAAAAAUUUUUUGUCUUGUAAAGUGGUAUUUGGAGUAGUGAGGAUAAAAAGUGAAAUGAAAUAGAUUUUUAAUUUUUAAACAAGAUUUUAUAACCUUUUCAUACUAAUAAACAAAAGAAUGCUGUGCAAAAAAUGAUAUUCACACACAGUUCUUAUGAAUGAAAAAGCAUGGUUAUUGUACAUCCGUACCCAGGAAUGUAUAGAAUUUUAAAUCGAAUAAAAAUUCAACUGUUCAAUUACAGAUUUUCUAGUUUAAUAAUUUAGAUGUCAUUUUUAAAUCAAUUUUAAUACAACUGAUUGUCAUUACAUAUACUUUAAAUCAUACGUAUUAAAUGGAUGAGGAGAUCUGCUUAAAUUAUACUUAUUAAAAAGGGUUAAUAACAAAACUUUUUUUUGUGUGUUUUAUUGUUUAUAUAUUAGUGUGUAUUUAUUUUGAUUUCAUGAAUGUCUAAUAAGAAAAUAUAUAUUUGUUUGUUUUAGUUAACUCUUGAUCUGUAUUAUAUGUUAUGUAUGUAAUCAUUUUCAUUGAAUUUGACUUUGCAACUUUUUACUGAACACAAUUACUUGAUUCUGAAGUGUAUAAUUUGUACCCAUUGCAUAUUCUAGUCAUGUUGAGUAUUGGAAUUGUGUUUAUGCAUGGAAACACAAUAGUUUUAUCCUUCUGAAUUUGAUGUGUGUCUAUAAAACAUUUGUAUAUUUUGGUUUACAAUAAUAUUAUUAACCAGUUUGUCAGCAUGCAUUCGAUGAAUACAUGCAUACCUGCAUAUGUGUUUUAAUUGUUUAUGUUAGCGUCAUUUUAAGUCAUUUAAUCAAGAAUGAAAUAUCAUGGCAUACAUUUUGUUACCUAUCUAAAUGUCUUGUUGAAAACCCGACAAUUGACCUUUUCCAAGGUGUCUUCGGAGAAGGCUGAAUAGAUUUUAUUGUAAAACAAAAACCUUUCUAUUUAAUGAUUUUAAUUGCAUUUUUGAGGCAUCCUCUAUUAUUUUUUUUUAAUUCAUUCAUUUUAAUCUUGUCCUCCGACAGUCUUGUAUUUAAAUUAUUUGCAUUUUUGCUUCUUUUGAUAAGCUAUUUCAUUUUUGUUUUAAGUGUGUAAAUUUAUAUUCUUCAAACAUUAGAGUUAUUAAAAUAACUAGAAUUUUGUGAUGCUUUUCUUAACUAUAUUAUGAUGUAUACAUUCAUUGGCAUAAAGAUUAGAGCUCCUAGAAAAGAUUGUCAAAAUGAAACAAAAUUUUAUAUAUGAUUACAAUGUAAAAUUUUACAAGGUUUAUGUAAGUAAGGCAUUAAAAAAAUAUCAUUUAUUGCAGAAAAAAAAAUUCAAAUAAAUGAACAUUUUUAGUACCUUCUCUUUGCCACUUACUGUAAAACAAAUAGACUUGGGGGUUGUCAAAUUUUCACUCCCAGAUAUGCUUGUUUGGUGACAAGGAAAUCCCUAUUUUGAUUUUGAAGAGAGAGGGCGUUCUCUUCUACUCAUUUCAUUUUUCCCUUCAGGGUUAUGCUUCAUUCCCAGCACUUAUUAUGUUGUGUUUGUUAUGCACAAUAGAAUCAGUGAAAUCAACAAAGUGAAAUGCUAUUUUAAAAGAAAUGGGUAAGUCAAUUUCAGACCAUGAUUUCUGUAUUAAUUUUUAAAAAUAUUGCAUUAUUGUGAGUUUUUAUCCUCUUAAAAUUAUAAGAAUACUGUUUUUAUUUUUAUCCCAACCUUUUUGAAAUCAACCAAGAGUUCUUUAAUAAUGACAAUAAACCUAUAAAUGUUGCUAUCAAGCAUAAAACUAAUUUGUUCAGAAAUGCUUUACAUGAUAUUAUUGCCAAACAGGGUGACCCCCACAAAAGGGCUACCCAAACAACGUGAUUGAUUGCAUACCUACUUAAAAAGAGUUCUAAUCCUUUUCAACCGCUCUCAAAUAACGACACAGAUAAUCCUGAUUCAGAAUCUAAUGAAAUUAUUAUUGAUAAUCUUACCACUCAUUCUCUUCCCAAUCCAAUAUAAACCUUCAAUCUUCUCAUUUUAAUCCAUGCACCCAAGCUAAACCCAAUAAUGUUCUAAAUGGAGCAAAAUUUCUUUGAAAUGUUAGAUUUUUUUUAACAAAUCUCUAAAUUUCGAAAUAACUGGUAAACCUAACAGUGAAUACCUUAAAAUUUUUACUAGUACCCCUAAUGACCACAAUAAACCAACUGAAUUCAUAAAUAGGAAAUUAACAGUGGCAUUCUUUUUAGACGUCACUAAAGCUUUAGACAUCUUUAUCCAACUUGAAUUCCCCGACACCAUGAUUCACAUCCUUCUGCGUAAGCUCUCUGAUCUCUCCUUAACUCCCUCAUCUAACUAUCUGUGUGACUUCCUAAAGGUAAACGAUUUUAUUUUUGCAGAUGAUACUGCUAUCAUGGAUCAGCCAUCAUUCUCUUUUAACUUUUUAUCACUACUCUCGAAAAUUGGCUAAAAGACUGGAAAAUUUCAAUUAAUACUGUUAAGUGUGUGGCUAUCAUCCUAGGCAUCAAAAGGAAAAUCCAUGAUCCUCUGACAUUGUUUAAUACUAUGCGGCGGUCAAUAGCCGUUAAUUAUCUUUGUGUUACAUUCGAUAUAUGAUACAAGCUAACAAUCAAAACUCUCCCUAUGCAAUAAACUCUUUAUUUUUAAUGCCACACUUAGAUCCAUCUUCUGCUUCUGUCUUUUGGCGCCAUCUAUCCUUGAAUUUAGAUGGCCUUCAAUAUUUUUAUAAUACCAAAUGUUAUUGAUACAAAUUUAGUUAUCAUUCUAUUGUUUUUUUUCUCUUAUUGUAAUUAUUGCACAUAAUUUUUUGAAUGAUUCCGCUUAUUGUAAAUACCCAUUCAUACUUUUUGAAUAAAUUUGGCCUGCCAUGAGGGAGAUACUACUACCUUGACGCAACCUUUGUAACGCAUUUUGUAUAUCAUAUCUCAGAUUAACAUUCUCCCUCUCAAUUAUUAUAUUGGAGGUGCCAGACUUUGAUGCUUCCCUUGUUUAGUGAGAAACCUGGGGAUCAAGCUGGUCAAAUGCACUCCUGUCUUGUUGAAAUAUGGAUCCUGCCAUGAGUGGCAUUACAUGUGCACUGGAUCAAUAUUAGUUAUCAUAUCCGCACUUCUUAAAGAUGGUCAUCACUGACUAAACUAAAUCUGGGUUCAUCACUGGUUCCGUUGCAGUCCAAUCCCAUUGAGGGUGACACCACUCCAAACAAAAGCCUCAAUGUACAGCACUUAAAUAGAUUGUCAUCUCAAAUCAUUCAAUUUUUGAAGCAGCUGUGUAACCUAUCAUAGAGCCUGCGCUAGCGGUGACUGUACUGAAACCUCUUUUCAUUUCUAUUUUUUCAUCAUUUUGCUUUAAUCACUUUCAACAUUGUUUCAUUCUGACCACUCUUUGUUGGAGCUCUUAAUUUUUAUGGAAAGCAUCGCAAUGUUAAGAUGCCUUGUCAAAAAUGCAUAUUUUUUAAUAGAUUUGAAGAAAUUCUUUCAAAGAAAAGAAACUGAAUUAAAAAAAAAUGUUUUGUAUGUAGGUAGCUUUCUUCCUCACAUCACAUAAAAAGAUGCAAGUGUAUGGCCAAAAAUAAAUUCAAAUUUUUUUUCUUUUUAUUUAUUGGUAUGUUACAAAUAAGUUAAGUAACUUAAAGUGUAUGUUUUGCAUACUGUGAUUUUCAUUUUCUAGUGCAGUUUCAUACUUAAUUCUGUACUGUCCGGCAACCAAGAGAGGAGCUUUUGGUGAUUGUCAGACUAUAUGUAAAUGAUUGGUAGUGUAAUUUAAGAUGAGAAUUUAUUAAUAACCCUGUAUUCAGGACUUAAUACAGUUUUUGUAAAAAUUUAUUCUUGUGAUACUUAAUAUUCAAUUUUGUUAAUUUGAACUUAUUUUCCACACUUUUGUUCCAUCUCUUUGGUGGGAAAGCUUUUAAAUAGCUGACAAAAAUUCUGAAAGCUUUGGUUUUUAAAUGUCUAAUGUCCCUCUAUAAAAUAUUUUGCAAGAAGGUUGGCAGGCCUGCGUGUUUAAAUUAUUUGCAUCAUCUUCCAACCAUUAUCCGAUUAAUAACCCCUUUAGGUACAGGGUUAAAUGUUGAUUUUGAAGUAGUUUAAUCGAUUUUAAAGUUGCAUGAAUAUUAAUUGCUAGGUUUUAUUUUCACAUCACAUUAUGCAACCUGUGAUAGAUUUCAAUAAAAUUGAUAUUCAAUAAAAAUACAAAACUUAGAUGAUUUGCUUAAAAGAUAAAAAAAAAGUAGACUAAAUAGAAAGGGGGAUUGAUAGUACAAAUUUACACAGGUGAGAUUUUUAAAUCAAACAUCACAGUUCAUAUUAAAGUCAAACAUAGGGAUUCAUUUCCGUGUGUUUUAAAAAUCAAAUAUCAUGCUCACAAACUAAAAUGAAAAAAAGGAUUCAUUUUCUGGUGUUUUAAAAAUCAAAUAUCACAGUAUGUAUUCAUACAAUUUCAAAGCCUUUAUGAGUAAGAAUAACUUUUCCUGACACUAUUUUUAUCUAUUUUUUUAUUACUAAAAUAUAAUCUGAAUAUGUAAAAAGAAUUGAUCUUUGUUAGCAAUAUUGUUAUAAAAUAUGGGUAUGUUUAAAAUAUGAGUUCAUUUGAACUUAAAUGAAUAAAAUAUGUACAUAUUAAAGUUUCAUACAAUAAAACUAAAAUGAAAUAAUAUAUCAAUUUCUAAAAAUUAAAAUUUGUAAUUAUGUAAUUGUUAAAAUUGGCAGCAAUCAAUAAAUACACUUUUUUUCCUAAUAAGUAUGUUUUCAUUAUGGUUGAGAUCUCUUCCUGGAAGAAAUUAUAACUGAAAGAAAUUAUAAUUGAUUAAUAAAGUUGUUUUACUAUUAUUUGAGUUUAAAUUAAAUGAAAUUCAAUACAAGUUACUUUUUAAAAAAUUAAAUGUAAACAAAAAACUUUUUUUAAUUAAAAGAAAAUAAAAAUUAUGCUUAUUUUUAAAAAAAUCACUAUCAUUUAUAUUAUUUGUUUUAGUUUCAUGCUGAAUUCUGAAAUCUAAAUACGUUAUUAAAUUUAAAUCCUUAUUAUCGUCAUUUUCUUAAACAAAUUGGUACACUUAUAUUUAAAUGAAUGAUGUGUACUUAAAUUAAGUUCUCUGAAUAUUCUGUUUAAAGAUAGAAUUAGGGAUAAAUAGAGUAUCUACAUUUUCAAUUGUUGUAUUGUACAUUUGUAUUAUGUGAUGUUUCAAUUUAGGUGUUUUGAUAAUUUUUCAAAAAGCUACUACAUGGAUGGAAAAAGUAGCUUCGUUAUUUCUCUGAGAAGGCGAUUUAUACUACUAUUUUUUUAUAUUUAAGGCUACUAACGCAACUAUUUUCAAAGAUAAUUGUAGUGGAUACCCUGAAAAGAACUUCCUCUUACGUUCUUGUUCGAACUAUACAGAUCUGGUAAAAAUAUAUAACUGACACCGCUGACUUAUGUGUCAUAAUGUACUAAAUUUGAAAGAAUAGGUCUACACAAAGCUUGUGUUGCAUUUGUCUGACAAAUGUUUGAAAUAUUAUUUCCCUUAUUUAUUAUUUUUACUUCCCUAGUGGAAAAUCUGACCUGAAAUGUCAAGCUAGGAGAAUUCUGGAUGACACAUUCUAAAUCGCUCUUGCAAUAUAUUUAUUAGUGAAUAAAAAAUGUUUUUAAAAAAUCA